AUGAAAUUGCCCUUUGCUUCACAGCAAAACAAUCUCUCUUCUCCUGAAGUAAAGCACCAAAUAAUCAGUGGUGGUGUUGGUGGUGGUGGAACUGGUAGAUACGAGCCCAAAUCGGUUCUUGAUAUUUGCCGGAGUUUGCCUGGUAAGACGUCGGAGUUUGAUUCAGGUGAUCAUAAUAGCAUUGUGUUAUCAUCGUCGGAGGAUCCGUUGCGAUUGGAUAAUUACGAACAUGGAAUCGUGAAUCAGUUUGAAGAAUGGGAUUCUCUCAUGAAAGAAUUAGGUCUUAAUGAUGAUUCUGCAAAAUCUGCUUACCUCCCUGAACUCCCCGACCUCCCGCCGAUUCAAUCUGAGGUGACUGCUCCGACCAUGUCCCUGUUCUUAAACCCGGAUUUUGAGAAUCCAAACACGAACACGAACCCUAACUCGCUUGAUUUCACGAACCAGUAUAAUAUUGAUAAUAGAACAGGGUUUGAUUUCGUCGAUGAUAUAAUCCGGAUUGCUGAGUGCUUUGAAACUCAAUCUCUCCACCUGGCACAGGUGAUAUUGGCGCGGCUCAAUCAGCGGCUUCCUUCUCCAAACGGAAAACCUCUCCAGCGUGCUGCUUUCUACUUCAAAGAAGCGAUUCAGUCUCUGAUCUCCGGGUCAACUCGAUUGACUCAGUCAUCUUCCUCUUCUGAAAUUGUACAAACAAUUAAAGCUUACAAGACGUUCAUCACCGUCUCCCCGAUCCCGAUGUUUUCCAGCUUCACCGCCAAUCAAGCUAUCCUGGAGGCGGUUGACGGUGCGAUGAUCAUCCACGUCAUCGAUUUCGAUAUCGGAAUCGGCGGUCAUUGGGCUUCGUUCAUGAAAGAGAUCUCGGAGAAAUCAGAAUCACGGAAGGUUAACUCGCCAGCGUUCAGAAUCACAGCCGUUGUUCCUGAAGAGUACGAAACCGAAUCGAGAUUGAUCAGAGAUAAUCUACGUCAGUUUGCUCGUGAUCUAAAACUACGAUUCGAUAUCGAUUUCAUCUCCGUUAGAACUUUCGAAAGCCUCUCGUUUAAAUCGAUCAAGUUCAUGGACGGAGAGAAGACUGCUGUUCUAUUAACUCCAACGAUCUUCCAACGAAUCGGCACUGGUUUCAUCAACGAUCUCCGACGAAUAUCUCCACAAGUAGUAGUUCACGUAGACGGAGAAGGAUUGACGGGAGACGGAACGUCGUCCUUCCGUCAGUCGGUGAUCGAGGGUUUAGAACUUUAUUCGACGAUAUUAGAAUCAUUGGAAGCAGCAAACGUUGGUAUCGGAGUAGGAGCUGGUGACUGGUUACGGAAGAUUGAGAUAUGCGUGUUGCUCCCGAAGAUAAUAGCAGCGGUGGGGGCGGCAGGCCGCCAUGUGACGCCGUGGAGGGAGGCGUUUGGUAGAGCCGGGUUGCGGCCGGUGGGGCAAAGUCAAUUUGCUGACUUUCAAGCGGAGUGUUUACUGAGGAGGUUACAAGUCAGGGGAUUCCACGUGGCGAAACAACAAGGGGAGAUGAUGCUUUGCUGGCAUGAUAGGCCCCUUGUUGCCACGUCAGCAUGGAAAUGUUAG